GUCGCCCUCCACGCUGUCACAUCGCUCAACUUCUCUCGGACGAAUCGGGCAAACCUGCUCCCGACCGCGACAGGUCUUCUGCACUUCGCCAUGUCUGCUCCCAUCGACCUCAUUCACUAUAACUCACGGCUUGGCAUCAUGCCAUCCUACAACACCCUGUAUGGCUAUCUCGAGAAAUUCGCCGACGAGGAUGCCAAAGCCGUGCGCGACCAUGGCAGUGACCCCGAGACGGCUGGCACCAUCUGGCUCGAUAACGUGCAGAAUUAUUCCUCACCUGGUGAUGCGCAGUUCGGACGCCAGAGCCAGCUCAUCUCCGGUCUUGCAGCAACAUAUGUAGAGGGAGUUGACUACGAGGUCAGCGCAUUCGAUCUUACCGAGAAACACCGGCUGCUCGAGGAGAACAAGCGCAAGGAUCUGACAGUGGACGAGCUGCUCUGGUUCAUUGACUGGAAGCACCGCGAGGAAGUGGGAUCUUUCCACUUUCUGCGUGUCCUCGUUGAGCAUAUCCCAGAGCUUGCGCAGUACACCACCAAGGUUUCGGAUCUGUUCCGGACGCGAGGCGCCGGACAGACCAGUGACCGUCGUGAUCCUCGGCUCAUCCUCGUUGGCGGGGAUGGGCUGACGUACGAGAAGCUGCUGCAGCUGAAGAAUUACCUCGGGUUUGAGAAGGAUGAUAACGCUGUCGAGUCCCUGGAUAUUGUCGAGCCCAUCCUGGCUUACGAGUCAACACUUGGGCACAGUGCCAAUAAGAUCGGACGGAAGACGCCGUCAAACCUGAGCAAGGUCGACUACAAAGAUGGGAUGGAGAUCUUGUUCACCGUGCUUGAUGCUCGGAUUCUUGAUUGCUUCCGUGUCUAUUGGAAUGUACCGAAUCUCUUCGAGUAUUUCACACAGCUCGCUGAAUCACCGGAUGGCAUCCCGAGCCUGGAGCAGCUCGAGGAAGUGGCCCUACGUCUCUAUCGUGCAUAUGCCACUAGUCGUGGAUACGAGCGAGCGAUGCAUGAACAGUCGGAUCGUGACCAGAAUACGGCACUGAGCGGUGACGCGUCUGGCAAGUCACCGUCGACCUGGGUCUCACCGUUGUCUGACAUGCCGUCGACUGCGAGCGGGCCCAAGCCGCACAAGGCGCCACGAUCCAAAGCGAGAGGAACCCGAGGACAGCCUGCGCCAUCCACGACAACCCCAGCAGCCUGCGCCCCCGACACCGCAAACACGACCGAGACACCCUUUGCGGUCAAUGCAUUCAUCCGCGAUGUCGUCGUCUUGCGGGAGUUUGCCUUGAAGGUCAUGGUCUUCACGUUCGCUGGUUCGACACAUACCAAAUAUACAGCGUACCUUCUCGAAAUGAUAUGCAAUCUGGAACUCGAGAGUACGCCUGCUCUGCGCCAUGCCAUUCUCAGCAAUCUCGUUGUCAAUCUCACGGGCAACGAAGGCUCCUUUCAGCCUGGCGAUCUUAUGCAAGAGUAUUUCAACCGGCUGCUGGAGGCUGUCGCUGAAAAGAAGGGCGUCGAGUACGGCGAUCACUUCGUACGCCACAUCAUCUCUCGCAAUCUCCACCACUUCGCAUCCUUGCUCAACGAUCUGAAGGGAGGUGUAGGUCUCCAGCGCCGAUCAGGCCGCCACACUACUCCGCAAAAGCAGCCCGAGUUCAAGAUUCUCGCUGGGAUCUACCAGGACUGCGAGUUACAUUCGCGGCGACGUGGUCGGGAGUACCCAGGUGUCGCACGAGAUGUGGACGACUUCCGGAAAGGCUACGAGAAGUUGCAAGAUGGGAAAAUGAAGAAAUGGAUUGCUGAAUCUAUGUUUCUUCGCAGUGUUCGUGUUCCUACAGGCGCCAAGACCACACCCUCUGACGCCCUCCAUCCUGCAAGUGCCGAACAAACCAGCAACACAACUACUUCCCCACGAGGCGCAGCAUCCGCCGAGUCACUGGCAGCGAAGGACGAUUCCGAUGACUCUGAGUCAGAAAGUGACCAUGACUCCGAGUCGGAAAGUGACGACUCGGAUGAAGAGGAGGCGACGGGAGAUGAAGGUGGUGUUCGGCAGAGUCUAGCAUCUGCAUGCAUGCACCAUGGGCAACUCGUGUUUGAAGUCUUCGAGGUACAAGCAGAGGAGAUCGAUCGCCUAUUGGGUGAGCAGGAUGAGCAAGUUGACGAGACCGAAGAAGGCUGCGAAGAUGAAGCAUCGGAGGAAGGCGAAGCGGAAGGUGACACAGGCUCAGAUGACGAUGACGAGUAGGUAGUAGCAAUGAUGUAUGGCAAGUACUCACCGAGUUACACAUGUUCAAAACGACCACCUGGAAUCUUGAUCCGUCCCGCGCUGCAUGUCGACUUUUCGAAGCUACCACCAGCACUCACAGGUGCAUCAGGAAUCGGCGGAAUGGCAAUUUCAGGUGUGUUCUCGCUGUCGGAAUUCUCGGCAUUUGAGACUGCUAAUCUCUUUGCCUGCGCAUUUACUCUUCGUUUUUCGUUUGCCACGCGACGUGUCUCGGCUUGGAUCCGCGUGAACUCACCAUGAAGAGACCUCAAGAUUGGCCAAAGCUGGUCCACAGGCACCCGCGCGGAACGUCCCUUGGGGUCAUUUGAACAAGGGCUUUGAGCACCUCAAUGGGCUGUGAGUGCGUGACAAUGACCGACAGAUUGUCGAACAGCUUGUCAAUCAGCUGGUUCGGGAGAACCAUCGCGGG